AUGUUGAAUGUCUGGGACGUAGCCAUUGACGCCGCAGAUAAGAAUGGCAAAAAAUUAAGAGACCAAUUCACAAAAGCCGUUAUGCAGGGGAGCUCCAACAUUCUUGAGCUCGAGAUUCUGACAAAGCAGGACGAAGGGACCGAGGGAGUGCAAUCAAAAAUCGAGGGAGAACAACAAGAGAGGAAAAAUGAAGAGAUCGGAGAUGUACAACAAGAUAUCAAAGUUGUACAAGGAAAGAUCGAAGGUGUACAAGGAAAGAUCGAAGGUGUACAAGGAAAGAUCGAAGGUGUACAAGGAAAAAUCGAAGGUGUACAACAAGAGAUCACAGAUGUGUUGAGAAGGAUGCACGAUCAAAAUGACCCAACGCUGAAGGAGCAGCUUGUAGAGGACAAGAAGCAGCUUGUAGCGUACCAGCAGCAGCUUGUAGAGGACAAGAAGCAGCUUGUAGAGGACAAGAAGCAGCUUGUAGCGUACCAGCAGCAGCUUGUAGCGUACCACCAGCAGCUUAUGGACAGGGUGAAGCUGCUUUUAGACAAGGAUAAGCAGGUUGAGGGGCUUAUUCCACGUCCUGUGCAACUUAGAGACAGUAUGUCAAGACCUGAAGGUGAAACAGAAUUGAAUGUGGCUAUCAUGGGUACUAACAGGACUUAUGCUAGUUGGCAUGCUAAGUUUCUUGAAAGAGCUCUGGACUACCGCAUGCCUAGGAAAGGUUUUAUGGGCUAA